UAUUUAUAUGUGUGUGUGAGUGGAGAAUCUUAUCAUAUCCAUAUAUACCCUUUUGGUGAAUCUUUGCCACUAUGUGUCCCCUAACUCCUAAAGAAUUGGAGCUGAUUUUUGAGAAGCUAGACAUAAAUAGUGAUGGAUUUUUAACCCUUGAGGAGCUAAACCUUUUGUUAGAGAGAACAGGUUUCAAGUUUAGCAUAGAGGAGCUAGAAUCUCUAGUGGGAAAAAAGAGUCUAGACUUGAGUGAGUUCAUGUUCUUUUAUGAUUCCAUAUUGAAUCACAAAAAUGGUGAUGUUGAUGAGAUUGAAGAGAUAGAAAGUGACCUUUUGAAGGCUUUUAAGGUGUUUGAUUUGGAUGGAGAUGGAUUCAUCACUAGUCAAGAAUUGGAAUAUGUGUUGAAGAGACUUGGCAUGUGGGAUGAAGAAAAGGAUAGUAGAUCAAUGAUUUACUCAUAUGACACUAAUUUAGAUGGCAAGCUUGAUUUCAAGGAAUUUAAGAACAUGAUGUUGCUAACACAACAACCUAUUUAGAAUUUUGCUAAAUCAUGAAAAAAAAUUAUUGAGUGUACAUGAUCGUGCAAUCAUGUAAAAAAGUUUAUUUUUUAUUUUUAAAGAGUCUUGCGGAAAAACUCACUCAUAUUAUAUUAAAUAUUGAGAAGUAGCAAAUUAUAAAUUUGAAUGUGUGUCCCAACAUAUCAAAUGUACCUAUACUUUUUUUAUCAUUUGAGUUGUAUUUAUCGACAUGCAAAAUACCUUGGUUUAUAAGAUUUAUUUAU